ACCCAGAGGGUAGUCCUGAAUGGUAAAGUCUAUCCUGAGGGUGUGGGGAAGACGAAAAAGGAAGCCAAGUAUAAUGCUGCUAAAAAUGCCCUGAGAGACUUGUCAGGGGGCGUACAUCAGACUGCAGAUGUCAAUUACAACCCUACACCAACUCAACAAAAUUUCAUUGGAUUAAUUGACAACUACUGCCGGAAAAAAAACCGCUGCCAUACAUUCAUCGAAGACAGAAGAUGGGGACCAGCCCAUGAGCGUCAAUUUUCCUACAGAUUAAUAAUCGAACACAAGGAGUAUCCUGUGGCUGAGGGAAGGAUUGCCAAGGAAGCCAAACAAAAUGCAGCUAAACUUGCCUGGUUUGCCCUUCAAGAGCAGUCAGACUGGGACAGCAAGCUGUCCGUCAGAUCAACAGUGUCUGAAGGUGGUGAACCGCCUGUGUUGUCAACGCCAUCAACUCCCCUGGGUUCGUAUGAGGCAUCAUCACAAAGAACGUCAACAAGUAUAAGUCCCUCAAUAACAUUCGAAGAUUCAACAAACCCUUCCCGAGCUCAGAUGCCCUUAGAGCCUGAAAGUGAUACACCAAACAGUUUGUCAAAUUCACUAGAGUCUAUUGCAUCGUCACAAAGCAUGUCCACGGGUACAAGUGGCUCUGGAAUAUUCACUGAUUCAUCAAACUCUUCCAAGGAUCAGCAUCCUGUCAAAGACAAGAUCAUAGGAAAUACUGAAAAUCAGACAUCCACCCUUUCAAGGUUUACUUCAGAAUUUGAUGUCACUGAGAGUCUUGGAAAAGGGGCCUACGGUUGUGUUUACGCAGCAAGAGACAAACUGCUGAAACAGGGUUUUGCUGUAAAGAUUGUCCGCAGUAACGAGAAAGCUCUUCGAGAGGUGGGGACAUUGUCAAAGCUUCUCCACUGUAACAUCGUCAGAUACUACACAUUUUGGAUGGAGGAUUCAAGAUACCAAGGUCACAUUACAGCUGGAAACUCAGCUGGCAGCUCUUCCCAGUCUAUAGAGGAUCCAUCAGCAAAGUACCUCUAUAUUCAGAUGGAGUUAUGCAAAACAAAAACCCUUAAGAAGUGGAUAAAUGAGAAGAACACUCAGUCUCUGCAAGACUCCAAGAGAAGACAAGAAAGUUUAGCCAUUGCUCAGCAAAUAGUCAGUGGAGUCGNCUACGCCCUGAUGGCAACAGACGAAAUUCAUGUGAAAGUACAUGACCUGGAGAGUUCAGAAUGCUCUCUGCUUUCCGCAGAAUCUGUUGGUUACAGAAGGAAUUUAAGUCUCUCUGCUUCACGCCGAUGA